GGAGGUGAAAGGUCACGCUGCUAUUUGGCGGCCAUUUCUCUGGAAGCUACGCGGCUGGGGACCCUGCUGUGGCUACUCCAGUCACGAGGGUCGGACGACAGCUGGGUCGGCGGCGAGUAGCCUGCAGCAUUUGCCCAGUACUGCAGCAGUAGUCGCGAUGAGUUUGCCCCUCAAUCCCAAACCUUUCCUCAAUGGAUUAACAGGAAAGCCAGUAAUGGUGAAGCUUAAGUGGGGAAUGGAGUACAAAGGCUACCUGGUGUCUGUAGAUGGCUAUAUGAACAUGCAGCUUGCAAACACAGAAGAAUACAUAGAUGGAGCAUUAUCUGGACAUCUGGGUGAAGUUUUAAUAAGCAUGCGGGAUCUUAGUUCCCCGACCAGGGAUGGAACCCAUGCCCCCUGCAGUGGAAGCAUGGAGUCUUAACCACUGGACCACCAGGGAAGUCCUGACAUUUAUUUUUCAUUAAAUGUCUGAUGACAAAGAUGAACUGUAUAUAACUGGAGAACAGUAUCAAAAUCAUAUUUUCUUCUGGAAAGUUGUGAAAUAUUUGGAAUAGGACAUUUUAAUUUCAAAAGAAGAAAUGAGCAUUUAUACUUUUCACCAAACACAAUUUUUAAAUCAAGAAAGAUAAUCUGGUUACCAGAUCAUAGUCCAUAUCAUCAUCUAAAAAGAAUUCCGAACUGUCUUCUGAACUGAUACUUUCAGGUCGGCUGUAAAAGAAAAAGAAAAUGCCUGAUUUCUGAGCCACUUUCUGUCAACAGAUUCGCUUUCAUUUCUAAAUUGUCUUUGGAACCUAACGGUAACAUAGUUCUUUUCAAUAGCCUGUUUAGCCUUUUAGGGAAUUGCUGAUUGCAGGAAUCCAUGGAUUCCAUGAGUAUGCAAAAGAAAAUCAGAUUCAGUCCCAGACAAGGGUGACAUAUGCAAACAGACCACAAGGAAGGGCCAUGCCACAUGAUACCAAUUAUUUGAGGUGCAUCUAUAAAAUUUCAAAUUUUAAAAAAAUUUAGAAAAAACAAACACAUGACAAUCUACAUUGCUACAUCUGCUUUGUCCUUUUUAAGGCAGUAUUCUUGAGAAACUAAACAUGUGCUCUAGUGCUCAAAACAAAACGUGUGUUCCAAGUAACACAAUAUUUGUCUUUUUAAGAGUAGAUUUUACCUUUUAAAAUAUCUUCUGAUCAGGCUGAGGAAAUGUUGGUUGGGGGUGGGUGGGUGAUGAGGUACAUCCUUAAAGAAUAAUUAUAUGGCUUGCAAGGUGGCUCUGGAAAAAUCCUUUAAGAAGGAUAAAUUGAAAAUGAUUGGAAUAUUAAAAGGGGCAGGGACUAAAAAAAAAA